AUGGGUGAGAAAUCCACAAAAAUUGGCCAUGGCCUGGCAAAGGGCCUUGGUAUCAAGGUCGCCUAUAGAGACCCUCUCGGUGCCAGUGACCCCGUCACUCGUGGCGAGUCCGCUUUCUCUGUUGGAACCGUUGAAACCUACUCCUACAAUGAGCCGGAGCCCAGCAGUAUCGAUUGGGUUCGUGAGGUUACUCCUACCGGUGCUCAAUUCGUCAACUACCUGAUUAGUCUGUUUCCUUUCUUGAACUGGAUUGGCCGUUACAACCUGCAAUGGUUUGUUGGUGAUUUGGUUGCUGGUGUUACUGUCGGUGCCGUUGUGGUGCCCCAGGGUAUGGCUUAUGCUCAGCUGGCAGAGCUGCCCGUUCAAUUUGGUCUUUACUCUUCAUUCAUGGGUGUUUUGGUUUACUGGUUCUUUGCAACUUCCAAGGACAUCACAAUUGGUCCCGUGGCUGUUAUGUCCACUCUCACCGGAACGAUCGUGCUUCAAGUCAAGGAUAAGAUUCCUGAUGCCGAAGCACAUGAGAUUGCAUCAUGCCUGGCCAUUAUCUUAGGUGGUAUUGUUUGUUUCUUGGGUCUGAUCCGCAUGGGUUUCAUCGUGGAUUUCAUUCCUCUCCCUGCUAUUUCAGCCUUCAUGACCGGUUCGGCCAUCAACAUCGCAACUGGACAAGUGAAGACCAUGCUCGGUGAAACUGCUGACUUUUCCACCCGUGAUGCGACCUACCGCGUCAUUAUCAACACUCUGAAAUAUCUGCCUACCUCGGAUCUUGAUGCUGCGAUGGGUGUCACCGCGUGCGCCAUGCUAUACAUCAUCCGUUCUGGCUGCACCUUCGCCGCAAAGAAGCAGCCUCACCGCGCAAAGAUCUGGUUCUUCAUUUCCACUCUUCGAACUGUCUUCGUUAUCCUGUUCUACACCAUGAUCAGUGCCGCAGUGAACCUGCACCGCAAGGAUGAUCCAUUGUUCAAGGUUCUUGGUAGCGUGCCUCGCGGUUUCCAAAACGCCGCCGUGCCCAAGAUGGACCCCAAGAUCAUCAGUGCUUUCUCCAGCCAACUCCCAGCUGCUGUGAUUGUCCUUCUGAUCGAGCACAUCGCCAUCUCCAAAUCUUUCGGUCGUGUGAACAACUACACCAUUGAUCCUUCUCAGGAAUUCAUCGGUAUCGGAGUGACCAACCUUCUCGGUCCCUUCCUCGGCGGAUACCCCUCAACUGGAUCUUUCUCCCGAACAGCCAUCAAGUCCAAGGCUGGUGUCCGAAGCCCCCUAGCCGGUUUGAUCACCGCCAUCGUCGUGCUUCUUGCCAUCUACGCCCUGACCGCAGUCUUCUUCUACAUCCCCUCCGCCUCUCUGUCUGGUGUCAUCAUCCACGCCGUGGGUGACCUGAUCACCUCACCAAACACAGUCUACCAGUUCUGGCGCGUGUCCCCACUCGAUGUCAUCAUCUUCUUCGUCGGUGUCAUCGUCACCGUGUUCUCUUCCAUCGAAGACGGCAUCUACUGCACAAUCAGUGUCUCCGCCGCUGUUCUUCUCUUCCGCGUCGCCAAAGCCCGUGGCCAAUUCCUCGGCCGUGUGAAGAUCCACUCAGUAGUAGGUGACCACCUACUAGACGGCGAUGGAAAAUACGGUUCAUUCGGCGGAGCCAAGGCUCCCUCCGACGACGACGAGCACCACCACCGUUCCAUCUUCCUUCCCUCCAACCACGCCGACGGCUCAAACCCCGAUAUCGAACUCGAGCAACCAUACCCUGGUAUCUUCAUCUACCGCUUCUCCGAAGGAUUCAACUACCCCAACGCAAACCACUACACAGACAACCUGGUUCAAAACGUAUUCCAAAAGACUCGCCGGACAAACCCACACGCCUUCGCAAACCCCGGCGACAGACCCUGGAACGACGCAGGUGCCAAGCGCGGAAAAGACGCAGAUACAGAAGAUACCCGCCCACUUCUCCAAGCAGUUAUUCUGGAUUUUUCCUCUGUCAACAACGUAGACACCACCUCUGUGCAGAACCUGAUCGAUGUCCGCAACCAACUGGAUCUCUACGCCUCCCCCCGUUCCGUCCAAUGGCACUUCGCUCACAUCAACAACCGCUGGACAAAGCGUGCCCUCGCAGCAGCUGGUUUCGGUUUCCCAACCCCAACAUCCAGCGAUGGUUUCCACCGCUGGAAGCCUAUUUUCUCCGUUGCCGAGAUCGAGGGUAGUGCAUCUGCCGCUGCGCAUGCGGAACUGAUCAACAACCAGCGCGAGCAGGCUCAGCAUCACGAUGUCGAGUCCGGAUUGAAAGAACAACACCAGACAACCGAGCACGAGACACAUACUAUUGAGACUACUUCCUCGGAGGAAAGCGGUGUCAUUGCCGAAGACAAGCUGCAGCGCGACUUGACUACCAGCAAGGCAUACCUGGGCCGACGCAAGGUGGCUGUUGUGCAGGGCAUGAACAGACCAUUCUUCCACAUUGAUUUGACAAGCGCUCUCCAAAGUGCCGUUGCAAACUCAUCCGAUGAUAUCCCACCUCUUUAA